AUGACACAAAAGUGCUCGUCCAGGGUGAGGUCUGCAAAUAUCAAGGAAUCCAGCAGGCAGAUGGCACAAAAGAGCUACACCAGGAUGAGAGUCCGCCGGGGAAACGCUGGUCAGAUCGGUAUUAGAGUCCGCCGGGGAAACGCUGGUCAGAUCGGUAUUAGAGUCCGCCGGGGAAACGCUGGUCAGAUCGGUACUAGAGUCCGCCGGGGAAACGCUGGUCGGGUCCGUACUAGAGUCCGCCGGGGAAACGCUAUUCGAUUUUGUACUAGAAUACGUGGGAAAACUAAGGAUAAAGCUCUACUCCUUUCUUCUCUCUCUCUCUCUCUGCUUCUUUUAGUCCUUUCAUCUCUCGUUCUUUUCUCUCUCUCUCUGUUUCUUUUUAGUUCUUUUCUCUCUCUCUUUCUUUUUUUCUUCUUUUCUCUCUUCUCUGUUUCUUUUAGUUUCUUUCUCUCUCUCUGUUUCUUUUUUUUAGUUCUUUUCUUUUCUCUUUUCUUUUUUCUUUUUUCUCUUUUCUUUUUUAGUUUUUCUCUCUCUCUGUUUCUUUUAGUUUCUUUUCUCUCUCUCUGUUUCUUUUGUUCUUUUCUCUCUCUCUUUUUCUUUUCAGUUCUUUUCUCUUUUCUCUCUGUUUCUUUUUUCUUUUCUCUCUCUGUUUCUUUUUUCUUUCUCUCUGUUUCUUUUAGUUCUUUUCUCUUUCUCUGUUUCUUUUUAGUUCUUUUCUCUCUCUGUUUUCUUUUAGUUCUUUUCUCUUUCUCUGUUUCUUUUAGUUCUUUUCUCUCUUCUCUCUUUCUUUUAGUUCUUUUCUUUUCUCUGUUUCUUUUAUUCUUUUCUCUCUCUCUCUUUCUUUUAGUUCUUUUCUCUCUCUCUCUGUUUUUUUUAGUUCUUUUCUCUCUCUCUGUUUCUUUUAGUUCUUUUCUCUCUCUCUGUUUUGUUUUUUCUUUUCUCUCUUUCUCUUUCUUUUCUCUCUCUCUCUUUUCUUUCUCUUCUUUUCUCUUUUCUCUGUUUCUUUUAGUUCUUUUCUCUUCUGUUUCUUUUUUUCUUUUCUCUCUCUCUCUGUUUCUUUUAGUUCUUUUCUCUUUCUCUUUCUUUUCUCUCUCUCUCUCUGUUUCUUUUAGGUCUUUUCUCUCACUCUCUCAGCUUCUUUUAGUCCUUUCUUUUUUCUUUAGUUCUUUCUUUUUUUAUGAACUCCUUCCGACUUCCUUCGCUUUCUUUCUUGGUUCAAUUUCUCAAGUAUUUCUAUCGCCCUCAGUUUUUUCUCCUUUUCAUCCAUUUGUCUUACGCCUUUCCUUUGAUUUUGCAAUGAAGGAAACAUAA